CCUCCUUCUGCUCCCAGCCUUCGAGCUCCAGACUCCUGUUCUUCCUGACAUCUGAGAGGCUGUCCUGCAGCUGAUUCUGGGCUAACUGUUUAUCCUGUACAGCCUGGCAACUGGCCACAUGCUCCGGAUUACCACAGGACACCCAUUUCAAAACUUUCCUCUGACAAUUUGAAGGGAAAACUUACCGGAUAGUCUAGAAAGAAAAAGACAAGCGUUUUGGAUUUAUGUUUGUGUUGCUUUGGGUUGAUUUUGAAAUUUUAGCUUGUUUACUUGCCCUUCUCACCUUUCCUGGAGGGCUGUGUGUGUUUUCUUCAGGAUGGAUCACACACUGUUCGGCUGCCUCAGGAGCCCCCACGCCCAGGCGCAGGCCCUACAUCCUGUCUUCACACAGUCCCCGCUGACUCUGCACGGACGUUCGGAUCACAUCUCCUACCCAGACCUGGCUUCUUCAUCCUCCUCCUCUUCCACUUCAUCCCCGUCACCCUGCAUUAUCUCCAGCUACCCCACAGAUGAAGGCCUGUUCUCAGGACAGCACCACCACCAUCCUCACCGCAGCCCCCACCUGUCCUCGCAGCAGCAUCACCAUCCACCUCAGCACCACCACGCACCCUGGCAUAUCUCACAGAUGCCAUCGCCCCCAGGCAGCAACGCCCACCACAAUCUGUGUCACCUGCACUCCCACUCCUCAGCGCAGGACAACGGGCCCACACCCCCGGACCUGGGCCACACAGGAGUGCCCAGUCUGUGUGCCAGCACCCCCAGUCUGGGGGGCAGCAGCACCCCUACUGGGGCCUCCUGUGUGCCUGCAGACUUUGGCAGACAGACUCUGUCACCUUCUGAGGCCGAGAAGAGGAACAGCAAGAGGAAAAGUGACAAUUCAGAGUCCCAGGACAGGAAUUACAAGUCAGAUGUGAGCAGCAAACCCAGGAAAGAGAGGACAGCAUUCACUAAAGAGCAGAUCCGCGAACUGGAGGCUGAGUUCGCCCACCACAACUACCUGACCAGACUAAGGCGGUACGAGAUUGCUGUGAACCUUGACCUCACUGAGAGACAAGUGAAGGUGUGGUUCCAGAACAGACGGAUGAAGUGGAAAAGAGUGAAAGGCGGCCAGCAGGGGGCAGCAGCUCGAGAGAAAGAACUGGUGAAUGUGAAAAAGGGGACAUUGCUGCCAUCAGAAUUCUCUGGCAUCGCAGUGCUCCACCACUCGACAGACUCCUUAGCUAAUGAGGACAGUCACGACAGUGACCAGAGCUCUGAGCAUGCUCACUUAUGAUGCACACGCAUACAGACAACUGCCCCCCUCAGAGUAGACCCCGCCUCUUCCUCAGGACUGUCCUUAACAGGAUUGCUGUUUGCUGAUCGGCCACUGUCCUACAACAGCGCUAAAGGAGUGUUCAAAUGUACAGAGGAAUGAUGUAGUAGAAAAGAGUCAUCAUGCAGGCAAAAUGUAAAUACCAAAAACUGGGCACAUAAAUAAUGUCACAGACAUUUUCUGAGUCACAGUGGUUGAAAAUCUCUUGAUCAAUAUAAACAACUGAUUAUGAUUUAGUAAAAACAGAAAUUUGUUCACAUUUUUAACAUCUAUGUAGUCCCAAAGUCCCAAAAGAUGACUUUUUUUCCCCCUAAUCUUGGCGUGAACAAGUUACUCUCUUGUGCAAAGAGAGUUAUGUUUUGGAAAGAAGAUGAUUAACUCAUCCAAUUAAGACAUUAUCUAGUGAACACAAGUCAGUAGCAGGUGCAACUAAAAAAAGUCUUUUUUAGGUGUAAGCCAGUCAUUAUCUGAUAUGAGCAAGUAAUUAUCUGAUUAAAACAAAUCAGCAUCAGGAGCAAACAAGUCAUUACCUGGUGAAAAUGUCUAGAGUAAGCAAGUUAUUUAUCUGCCAUGGACAAGUUAUCAUCAGUUGUGAAAGAAUUAAUUGUACCAUGUGAAAAUUUAUUAUGCUGUGCCCAUUGCCUCUUAACCUAUUUGCUUUGUGUGGGAGAGUCACUUGUUUGCACUUGUCACUUGUUUGCAGAUUGUUCACACCAGAUAAUUCUCUUGUUCACCUAAAGUAUGAACUUGUUCACAUCAAAAAAGAUAAAAAAAAAAUUCACCCUUUCGGACAUUAUGGGCUCUGCAAAAAUGCUUUUUAGUCAAAUCAACAUUCCAUGCUAUGUGUCUUAAGUGGGGGAGGUUAAAGCUUUGAUUUGCACUGUUGAACAUACAGUGUGCUACUCAAUUGAUUUCUACUGUAUGUCCUGCAAAAUAUGAUGUAACAGACUUAUUGAUAAAAUCAAGUGCCAGGAAAUCUAAUUUGCCUAGCUAAUAUAAGUGAUAUGUAAAUAAACCUAUUUUAACAAUGCUUUUAUACCCACAGUAUUCACCUCACACAGUAAUAAACACUGAGAGCCACUUAGCCAACUCUUCUCUGCCUCGAGAUGACAUUUUGUAAAACAAAUCUGAAUCCUGAAAUGAAUAUUUUUCAAGGAUGUUUGACAAUUAAAUAAAAAGUAACCAGU